AUGCACACUGUCUUUCGAGUCGGUGCAAUAAAACAAAUGGACAAUGAGCAUCAACUUUAUCAAGUUGAGUUAGAAUUAACGUCCGAUGAUGAUCAACAACUACGAUUACUUACUGAUCGAAUACGAAAAGAAGCUGAUGGUACUACUGGAUGGCACAGAUUGGGUAGCUUAUUGAUUACAAUUGGUCAAUUUAAUAAAGCUGAAGAACUUUAUAACACAUUACUGGAACAAACAUCUGAUCAAGGUGAAAAAGCGAUUUAUUAUAAUCAGCUGGGAUAUGUUAAACUUGACCAGGGUGAUUAUGAAAAGGCUAUUUGGUAUUACGAACAAGGACUUCAAAUUAAAGAAAAAUCACUUUCUUCAAAUCAUCCUUCAUUGGCUACUUCAUACAGCAACAUCGGUAGUGUGUAUAACAAGAUGGGAGACUACUCGAAAGCACUUUCCUAUUACGAGAAAUCACUUGAAAUUCGACAAAAGACUGUUCCUUCAAAUCAUCCACAUUUGGCUACUUCAUACAACAAUAUUGGUAGUGUGUAUGACAACAUGGGAGAGUACUCGAAAGCACUUUCAUAUUUCGAAAAAGCACUUGAAAUUAGACAAAAGACUCUUCCUUUAAAUCAUCCUGAUUUGGCUACUUCAUACAACAAUAUCGGUUUUGCGUAUAACAACAUGGGAGAGUACUCGAAAGCACUUUCAUAUUACGAAAAAGAUCUUGAAAUUUGUCAAAAAACUCUUCCUUCAAAUCAUCCCCAUUUGGCUACUUCAUACCACAACAUCGGUUUGGUGUAUAACAAGAUGAGAGACUACUCGAAAGCACUUUCAUUUUACGAACAAGCCCUUGAAAUUCAACAAAAAAUCCUUCCUUCAAAUCAUCCUGAUUUGGCUACUUCAUACAACAACAUCGGUAAUGUGUAUAACAAGAUGGGAGAGUACUCGAAAGCACUUUCAUAUUACGAGAAAUCACUUGAAAUUCGACAAAAAACUCUUCCUUCAAAUCAUCCUGAUUUAGCUACUUUAUACAACAAUAUCGGUUUUAUGUAUUACAAUGUGAAAGACUAUUCAAAAGCAGUGUCAUAUUAUGAACGUGCUCUGGACAUAUUGCAACGUGCAUUACCUCCAACUCAUCCUAAUAUAAAAAGUGUGAAAGAGAAUAUUGAAAUUGUAAAAAAGAAAUCAUAA